GAGAGAGACACCAAAGGAUGCAGUGCAUUAGAUAAAGUGCCAGUAGAUGAGAACCGGUGCAUGACGUCUAUGGUUUCUUGUCAUCUGAGCCCGGGGACAAAACCAUUCGUUAUUGGAUCCUUCAGCUCCCAUGCGAGAGAGUUUCCAAGGAAACGCAAAGGAAAUGAUUUGGACCCAUCCCACAUCGGAAUGUCAGCAUCCAGUGGUGACAGGCUGGAAGGUGGCGAUCAACAAGUAAAAAUGAAGUCUUUCAGAGAAGCUCACAGUCAAACCGAAAAGCGGAGGAGAGACAAAAUGAAUAACCUCAUCGAAGAACUGUCUGUGAUGAUCCCUCAGUGCAAGCCCGUGGCACGCAAACUAGACAAACUCACCGUCUUGAGAAUGGCUGUGCAACACUUGAGAUCGCUCAAAGGCAUGACAAAUUCAUUCGUGGGAGAUAAUUACAGGCCUUCCUUUAUUCAGGACAGCGAGCUCAGACACUUAAUCCUUAAGGCUGCUGAAGGCUUCCUAUUUGUGGUUGGAUGUGAAAGAGGAAAAAUUCUCUUUGUUUCUAAAUCAGUCUCCAAAACGCUUAAUUAUGACCAGGCCAGUCUGACGGGACAAAGCUUAUUUGACUUUUUACACCCUAAAGAUGUUGCCAAAGUAAAGGAACAACUUUCUUCUUCUGGUAUCCCACCACGAGAGACGCCAGGAGAUGCCAACACUGGUUCGCAAGUUCACAAUCAUUUCCACACUGGAAGGACACGUGUGUAUUCUGGCUCAAGACGAUCCUUUUUCUGUCGGAUAAGGAGCUGUAAAGUCUCUGUCAAAGAAGAACACGAAUGUGUACCCAGCUCACGGAAGAAAGAACAGAGAAAAUUCUAUACUGUCCACUGCACGGGUUACUUGAGAAGCUGGCCUCCAAAUGUUGCUGGGCUGGAAGAGGAGAGGGAGCCCAAGAAAGACAGCAGUCAUUGUACUUGCCUCGUUGCCAUUGGCAGAUUGCAUCCGUCCAUUGUCCCACAGAACAGCGGAGAGAUUAAAGUCAAACCAGCCGAAUUUGUAACGAGGUUUACGGUGAACGGAAAAUUUGUGUUCGUGGAUCAAAGGGUAACGGCAGUUUUAGGGUAUCUGCCUCAGGAGCUUCUGGGGACUUCUUGUUAUGAGUAUUUCCAUCCAGAUGACUGGAGCCAUUUGACUGACAAGCACAAAGCAGUUCUGCAGAGUAAGGAGAAAAUAUUAACAGAUUGCUACAAAUUCAGAGCAAAAGAUGGGUCUUUUGUAACUUUAAAAAGCCGAUGGUUUAGUUUUACAAAUCCUUGGACCAAAGAACUGGAAUAUAUUGUGUCAGCCAACACUUUAGUUUUGAGGCAUGGCGAGACUGGAAAAGCACCAUUGCUGCUGCCUUGUGGUUCUCAAUCAUCAGAAGCUUCUUCAAGACAGUCUUGUAGUGGUGGACCUGCAAUGCCGUCUGGAAUAGUGCCUGGUGCUGGGAGCGCAGGAACAGAUACUGCGCAUGAGGUUCUGGAUUUUCAGAGGUUACAGUCAAGUCCAACAGACGUGAUGAAAGACACUCUCACAAGCAGCUGCAGGGAUGUGUCAGGUGAGGAGCGGAUCCCACUCAGUCCUGAAACGGGGGAGCCAGAAGCUACCAGGUGGAGCGGGAGCCCAGUUGCCGUCCACAGCACCGAGCCAGUCCUCAACGACGGUGCCCAGCUGGACUUGGCUGCCCUGUGUGACAACGAUGACACGGCCCUGGCUGCGUUCAUGAACUACUUUGAAGCAGAAGGGGGCCUGGGAGACCCUGCGGACUUCAGUGACAUCCAGUGGACACUCUAGCACUUGAUUUUUAACUCCAAAAAUGAGAAAUGCUUUAAAGCAUUUCAUUUAUAAGAAACUGUAUAUUCUUCAGUACUGUAUUAAUACUGUUUUUAUCUUUUAUUAAUGUUCGACCAAAUUUUAUAGAUUUGCACCUUGCUCUCUCUCACAGGCUUCUGGAGAAGUCUGUUCUGCUCCCCACAGACUCUCAGAAUGUUGUACAGACUCCUUUACUCAGUGAAACAGCUUAAAGCCCACGCGUGGCUAUAUUUUUGCUAAAAUGUUGUAAAACACUAUAGCAUACAUAUUGCUCAUUGUUUUGAUAUAAUUUUUGAAUUUGUGAGCUCUAAUAUAUUGACAUCGUUCUUGUAUAUAAGAUUCAUUUAUAAAUAUGGGGGCUUCACGAAGUUUAUGGGAAAAUAGGGUGGAACGAGAAUGGGGUUUUUCCGUGGACUUCUUUAAAGCCACCUUGUACUA